AUGUGGCCCCCGGGCCCCGCUGCCGGACUCCGAGCCCUGCUGCCUUCGCGCGCCUUCCUCCGCUCGCGCAAAGCCUGCCUCCUACUGGCCGAGUCAGGUCUCUCCUUCAUCACCUUUGUCUGCUAUGUAGCAUCUUCAGCUCCCGCCUUCCUCAUGGCGCCCCUGCUGGAGUUCCUGCUGGCCAUAUUCUUCCUCUUCGCUGAUGCCAAGCAGCUGAAUGACAAGUGGCAAGGCUUGUGUUGGCCCAUGAUGGACUUCCUGCGCUGUGUUACAGCGGCCCUCAUCUACUUCAUCAUCUCCAUCACUGCUGUCACCAAGUACUCUGACGGGGCCUCCAAGGCAGCCGGGGUGUUUGGCUUCUUUGCCACUAUCGUGUUUGCAAUUGGCUUCUACUUGAUCUUUAAUGAGGUCGCCACAUUCCUCAAACAAGGAGACUCCAUGGAUGAGACCCAGACAGGGACCAGAUGCUCCCACCCAACGUGGCCGGAAGAUAGUGACAAAGGAGGAGAAGAGAAUUCGGGUUCUGACUCCGACUGA